UUCUGCCAGAAGAGAAGCGAACUAGGGGACCAACUUUCUGUAAAGAAGUUAAUAGUUGGAAUCUAAAUGAGCGUCGACCCAUCUUCUUGAAUGAAAAGCGCAAACCAGUUGGCCCUGAUAAAGGCACUCUAACCAAAUUUAGUCAGUUUUAUGGUUCAUUGGCUAGAGAUUAUGUUUUUGCACCGCUGAAUUUUCUUGAUUGGCGUCAUGUUUCUGACAAAGAUAAACUCUGGGAGUAUGUGAAGAAGAAAUUCAUUAUUUCGGAUGAAGGGAAAGAAUAUGUAUUGUCUUCAAUUGGUGCUCUUUGGCGUGCUCACAAGUCUAGAAUAAAAAAGAAGCACUACUUUCAGUAUGACAAUGAUGAAGAUAGAUGGGAAAGUCUACCAAGAUCAAUUUCAGAUGCACAUCUUAUGGAAUUAUUGAAAUACUGGAGUUUAGAGGAGGUUAAG